GACAAAGUAUAAAAAUAAACGAUAGCGAGGAGCAAUAUAACAGGUGCACAUGCAAUCUCGUCGAUCGUCUGUUUUAUGGCCGUGGAUCGAUACACGGCGGUGGGUGUUGUAGUGUCAUCGGUGGCGGCUGGCGGCGGCGUUCGCAUCCGAGAGUCCCGCCGCCGUUUUGGAGGCGGCCGAGUCUAUGCCUCUGUCCAUCGACCCCUCAGUGGCAGUCUCGCCGUCCCGCGAAAGCAGCACCAGACGGGUUGGUGGCUUGUUUUUGUUUUGAUCAGUGCCGGCACCGGCGGUGGGGGUGGUGGGGGCAUAAACAAAUCCACGGAUUCCCAUUCGCCAGUGGAAUGCUCUAGCCAAGGACGUCUGUAUUAGCAGUCCCGCAACAGUACACCCAAAGUGCACGUUCACUGUGAGUUGCUCCAGCGAAAAGGCACAUUUUCGCACACUUUUCGCCAUUAAUAUGAUUUAUGCGGGUAGGAACAAGCUUGAGGAAGUUAAUUUCUUAAGUCAAAGAGAACAAGCUAAAAGACAAUCAGUUUAUUUCAUCUUAAUAAAUUUAAUUUAUUUAUAUUUAUUUGGUACAAUACACGAUGACGGCACACACAACUAAGAAUUUUUUAUACUUUCGUUUCUGCUCGCACAACACGUGAGGAAGGAAAUAAUGAACUAAGUGCAACUGUUUCUAAUCUAGCACGCCGUUGGUGGCGAAGUAAAAAACAUUCUAAAGGCUCUAAUAAAGAAACCAAUUCACUAAUGGCUGUAGAUACGAUGAAACAACAGUUAACGAAGGUUUUAUCAGACGACGAAGCCCUCAUAAACAAGAAAUUGCCAAAGGAGCUUCUACUUCGGAUAUUCUCAUAUAUAGAUGUAGUGUCUCUUUGUCGUUGUGCCCAAGUAUCCAAAGCAUGGAACAUUUUAGCUUUGGAUGGGUCAAAUUGGCAGCGAAUCGACCUAUUUGAUUUUCAGAAAGAUGUAGAGGGUCCUAUUAUAGAAAAUAUAUCUAGAAGAUGUGGCGGCUUUCUACGUCAGUUAUCUUUGAGAGGUUGUCAGUCUAUUGCCGACGGCUCAAUGAAAACGUUAGCUCAACUGUGUCCAAACGUAGAAGAUUUAAAUCUUAACGGCUGCAAAAAACUGACUGACGCAUCAUGCACUGCUUUUUCGAAGCAUUGCUCUAAACUUCAGAAACUUAACCUAGACAGUUGUUCGGCCAUAACAGACAAUUCUUUAAAAGCUUUGAGUGAUGGUUGCCCAAACUUAACUCACAUUAACAUUAGCUGGUGUAGUAAUAUAACAGAAAACGGCGUCGAAGCACUAGCACGAGGAUGUCGAAAGCUGAAAAGUUUCAUUAGCAAAGGAUGUAAACAGAUUACAUCACGUGCUGUUAUUUGUCUGGCUAGGUUUUGCGAUCAAUUAGAAGUUGUUAAUUUACUUGGCUGUAGUAAUAUACGGGAUGAAGCGGUGCAAGCUUUAGCUGAAAAAUGCCCAAAGCUGCAUUAUCUUUGUCUCUCAGGAUGCUCGGCACUGACAGAUGCAGCGCUUAUAGCACUGGCCCAAAAAUGCCCACUUUUAUCUACACUCGAAGUUGCCGGAUGUUCCCUAUUUACAGAUGCAGCCUUCCAAGCACUUGCCAGAAGUUGCCGCUACCUCGAGAAAAUGGACUUAGACGAAUGUGUUUUGAUUACGGAUAAUACACUCAUACACUUAGCCAUGGGUUGCCCCCGUAUAGAAUAUUUGACUCUCUCUCACUGCGAAUUGAUAACAGAUGAGGGUAUCAGGCAUUUAUCAACAUCUCCAUGUGCUGCAGAAAAUCUCACCGUUUUAGAAUUAGAUAAUUGUCCUCUAGUUACCGACGCUUCUUUGGAACAUUUAACCUCAUGCCAUAAUUUACAACGAGUCGAAUUAUAUGAUUGUCAGCUGAUCACCAGGCUUGGUAUUAGAAGAUUAAGAAACCAUUUACCUAACAUCAAAGUUCAUGCUUAUUUUGCACCUGUAACGCCACCACCAUCUGCUGGAGGUUCUCGACAAAGGUACUGUAGGUGCUGUGUAAUUCUAUGAGAAAAUGACCCCCUUGGCUCCAAUGAUAUGCCACCGUCAUAAUGCUAUGUGUUCAGCACGCGCUUCACGUGAACUAAAUUAAAUACGUAUUAAAAUUAUUGGAAUUCUUGCAAAAUAAUUGUAUUGUUUUUUGUCAAAACUUGCAAAUUUUAAACUCCAUACGGUCUGGUAACAGUAAAUUGCAUAAAUCAUGAACUUGCCUUUUUCGAAUAAUAGUACGCAAUUUUAUUGUCCACUAAACUUUGCCUACGACUACUACUCAUAUUUUGAUCUAGUCGUGCGUUCUGACACACAUACAUACACUUCUCUGAACAGUCGUAGGGAAGAUCGUUCGUAAUGAAGUCAUCCUUCCACGUGAAAUUUGUCCAAAUCAAGAAUGACUUGGUUAUAAAUUAUCUCCAUCGCAAUAUAGCUAUUAAUGAAAAAUUUUCACAUUAAAUUUUAAUUUAUUUUAUUUUUUAUUGGUAUUAGACAAUUAUUUUGUGAGAUUCCGGCCAACACGUUAAAAAUGUUCAAAAACAUUGAAAAGUAGUUUGAUUUUAUAGGAUAAGUAAGUAGGUACUUACUGUAAAUGGAACUAUGUUGUGCGUAGAUAUUGUGCUCAAAAAGUUUUUGCAACAUUUUUUAAGAGAAUUCAAAAAAUAGUGCAUUUUAAUCUACAUUAGGUGUAUUGGGGCCAUUAAGGGGCGGUUUUUAUAAGAACUAUGAAAAAUCUCGGUUUUUAAGAUAAAGUUACUUGUAUUUUCGAGUUAGAUUAUGUGAAAAUUCAUAAUUUUAACUAAGUUAUUGUUAGGUUUAAUAUUUAAAAGUUAUUUAAAUACAUAUAUUGGGUGCUAUUAGUAUAAUGUUAUGUUUAGUGUGCAAAUGCGGGGUUGUGCUGCUUUUCCCUGUUGUAAGUUAGUGAGAGCAUUAGGCGUAAUAACUUUUUAUUAUCUUGAAAUAUUUAUGUCAGGCAGACACAUAACUCCGUUAGAACGUUGUUGUUGUUGUUGUUUAAUUUAUCAAUUGCAUGAUAACAGCGCAUCUCGCAUUAAUGAAAUUUUUGAUUUUUGGUAGUUUUUUUGUUCACGAAGUUAAGCAGAAAUCGUUGAGUGAUAUUUAUUUUAUUAAAAUCAGUUGUAUUUAAUGCGUCUUGACCUUUAGUAAUAAAUUACAUAGUAAUAUUCAAUAGUAAUGAAUAAUUGCAAAUAUAGUCAACCGCAUUUCUAAGUGAAAGUAUAAUCUGUAGACGUCUUGAUAGCGAUUUUAAUGUUUGAACAAUAUUCAUAUAAACUAAUCUGAUUUAUCACUAGUGAACUUAUAACUGAUGGAUUUUAAUCAGUGGUAUACUUCCAUUGUAAAUAAUUUUUAAUUAUCGAUUGCGUACAUCGGAAGUGCCACAGUUUUUUAAUAAAUAUCAACAUAAGACCAACGAUUAUGUAAUUAACUACACCCAUUGUUACUUUGCAAUUAUGAAUUGGUACGCCUCAAAUUGCCUGUGAUAAAAAAUGUCCCGAAUGUUAUUCUUUAUUGAAUAGUGCGACUUUGUCUUAAACAAACUCGUACUAAUUUCAUUUUCUUUUCCGAAAUUAUCAUCAAUAUGUGUAUCUUUUUACAUACAAAAUAACCAUCAGUUACAAAAAAUGUGAUUGUUUUAAGUUGAUUUAAGAAUGUUUCAGAUAGAUGCAAUUUUCUUUUGAGAUAAUGAUAGAGAAUGUUUAUCAUAUUUUUGUAUUUAACUAUUAUAGGUGUUAAAUGUUGUGUUAUACACAAAAUAGUAUGUAUAUUUGGUCACUUACUAUGUACCAUAAUAUUAAGAAUAAUGUGUAGGUUUUUAUUAGCCCUGGCGGCAUUUAAGUAUAGGAAUAUUUAUUUUACAAAAGACUGAGCACGAGCUAUUAGAAAUUUUUAUUAAUUGUAUUGUAUGUGCAUUUUUAAUAAACACUUAUGUAUUAAA